AUGAAAUCCCUCAAAGUCACCUUCCCGGAAAUCCGCACCAUCGUCACCACCAACGACAAGCAGCGCUUCUCCCUCAUCCCCAUCAGCGAAGCACCAUCCUCGGACACCGACCCCGCACCCUCCUCCUCCUCCACGUCGGACCCAACCGCCGACCCCGACGACCCCUCCGCCUACCUCAUCCGCGCCAACCAAGGCCACAGCAUCAACUCCGUCGCCAGCGAAGGCCUGCUCACGCCGCUCACCGCAGACGAUGAGAAUUUCCCAUCCCUGUGCGUCCACGGCACCACCGCCGCCGCGUGGCCCGUCAUCCUCGCUUCCGGCGGCCUCAAGCCGAUGAAGCGGAAUCACGUGCAUUUGGCGCCUGGCCUGCCGGCUGGGUUUGCGCGGAUCGAGGAGAAGGCAGAGGGGGAGGCGGAGCAGGCGGCGGAGAGUGCGGAGAAACAGGUCCAGCCGCCCGUCAUUUCGGGCAUGCGGAACACCUCGCGCGUGCUGAUUUACGUCGAUUUGAAGAAGGCGUUGGCGGCGGGUGUGCCGUUUUGGCGGAGCGCGAAUGGGGUGAUUUUGACGGAGGGGGAUGGUGAGAAGGGGGGUGUGUUGGGGUUGGAGUUUUUUGAGAGGGUUGAGGAUCGGAAGGCGGGGAGGGUGUUGGUGAGGGAUGGGGUUGUUGUAGGGGAUGGUGGCGUCGAGGGGAUGAAGGGGGAUGUGGCCGCGGGUGGUGGUGGUAGAGGUGGCAGGGGUGGGAGGGGUAGGGGUGGGUGGAAGGAUGGGAGGAGGGGUGGGGCUGGGGAGGCGUUUUGA